AUGAACUCUCUAAAGAAAAAGAAGCAAGACAUCCUCUGGGGCAAAAAAUGGAGAAACCUCAUACAGCAAAAGGCAAUUAAGGAAGAAAUGAACAAGCAGCUGAAGGCCUCUCUGGAGAAGCAAAAGCAGGAGGAAGAGGAGAAAGAGUGCACCUUCAAGCCGCAGACCCUGUGGAAUCAGAGCUUUAAAAAAACAAUUUCCUUCGUGGACGAAUUUUUCGUCAAGUUGAAGCCGUACAUAGAGCAGCAGCAAGCGUACCUGAACCAGCUGAAGGAGCUCGAGCGGGACGACGAGCUAUUCGCACAAAAAAUUAAGGCAAGCGAAGAACACACACGCAUAAAUACGAACGAAGAACUGCGAACCAUGUUGGCGAAGGCAGUGGACAAAGAAAUAAUGGAAUCAAUCAUCGAAGGAUACAAAGCAGUUCGCACGAGAGGAAUCAACAAAGUGAAGAGAGAGAGAUUAGACAUUCUUUCCAAAAUGAUCAAACUAGAGAGAGCAUACAACUGUUUCAUGGCGAAAGAAAAUGUCGAUAAAAAGGACUUAGGAGAGUGUGGAUUUGAUUGCGACUUAGCAGCAAAGUUAAGAAAUGACAUUCUGAAAAAUUCUCUGUGUCCCAAUUCGUUGAGAGAUUUUGCUCGAAUCAGAUUGGAGAUUAAUCAAGUGCUGGAGGAGGAGCUUCACAAAAGGGAAAACGAAAAGGAGAGUUUGUUCUACUCUACUAAGGGAGAUAAUAAUGAGUUGUCACGGAGUGAAGCGGAUUACACGAGUCGGUACGCUGCCUUUGUGAACAGCUCGAAGGAGACUUCCCAGGAGAGUAUCCCCUGCGCGGGUGACAACAGAGUGGCGGGAGAUGGAGUUAUCUCCAUGGGGGAGCCGUACCAGCGGAAAGCGCUCGCGGGGGGCACAGCGACUAGGUUGCACGACGGGAGUGUGGAGGCAUGUGUGGGGGGUGCCUCCAUCGGUGUUGACUUGGGUGGCUCCUUCGCGGGGCAUCCCCCCCAGGCGUGGAGAUCAGCACCACGUGUCCCCCCCCCAGAAGGCUGCCAAGUGGUGACGCCCACCAGGAAUGCAGCGAAUGGCGGUUCUGCUUUUUAUGAGGAUGGACAAAUGAACGAGUCACGGAUAGGAGGCCGCGAACAGCGGAUAGGAAGUCACGAGCCGCGGAUAGGAAGUCACGAGCCGCUGAUAGGAACCCACGAACCUCAGGGAGCGAUGUGUGAAUACACCCCCCAAAUGGAAAACAUGAGCUACUACCCAAUAAGCACUGUAGACGCUCAGAAAAGGAGCAACAAAAAUGUUUACCUCAAUAGUAACUACACAGCAAUUUUAAAAAACGAAGAUGCACACAAGUAUGUCUCUUCGCUGCAAAAAGAUUCAAGUUCAGUUAAUGUGAUAAUAAUGAAUAAUAGUGGAGCGAAGAGCGUCAUUAGUGGGGGUGGUACGAAGCAGAGUAGCAGAGGAGGCAGCUUUGCCAACUCGCCCCUGAGGAGCGGUGCCUACUACUAUGGGAGAGAUGAGGAAAAGCCAACCUAUAUGGAUCUAAACCAUAUGAACAGGUCAGGCAAUUUUGACCAAGCGCAGCAGAGAAGAGGUAGUGUGUCCCAGGGGGAGAGGCCCCGAAAUGUAUCCCAGGGGGAGAGGCCCCGAAAUGUAUCCCAGGGGGAGAAGCCCCGAAAUGUGUCCCAAGUGGGAACCCAUAAAGGGGAGUUCCCCAGUCGAAGUAGCAUGGGGGGAAGCGGCGGCAUGGAUGGCAGAAGUGGCAUGGGGGGAAGGGUUGAGAGGAAGAACACCAGAUACGUGGACAAGAACACGUACGCCAUGAGGAAUGAAAAUAACUUUUACGACGUCGAUGGGAUGAAAAAUAAACAGGAAGAAGGCAUGCACCAAAUGAACCCUUUUUACCGAAACAAUUUGGUUCACGCUGCUCAGCAGGAGGAGGAUAUCCUUCCGGUUGGAGUUGGGGAGGGGAGAACCACCCUCGGAAAUUCUCCGCAUUAUACAGGUGACUCUCGCAGUCAGGGGGGACAUCCCGACAGGCCUCUUCUUCGAAAGAUAAUGGACAGAUUUGCCAUUUUGUAG